AUGACCAACUAUAAGGAUUUCCAACAAGUGUUGAACUUUUCCAUACGGCCCAAGAGUGUUUCUGGUGGUUCUAAGUCACUUGCACCCAAAAAGAAUUUAAACAAAAUAGCUGUCACCAAGCCUUCGAGCACACCAACUAAUAAGAGAACGAAAACAGGCUGUUUAACUUGUCGUAAGAGAAAGAAGAAGUGUGACGAAGACAAAGUUGAUGGUAAAUGUCAAGCUUGUACUCGUAACUUUUUAGAAUGUUGUUGGCCUGAAGCAGCAACUUCUAUGGCCACUGUUAAAGCCGGUGCUGCUACUACUAUUAAAAUAGAACCAACUAUUGUUAAAGUUGAACAAGGGGAAGAAAACGUAUCGUGUUGUGGCGACAAACAUGACUAUGAAGUUUCUCCUCGUUUGCCUUCUAUUGAAGAACAACUCCAACUUAAAACUCCUCCCUUAUCACCCGUAUCUUUGGCAGCUGCAAUCUAUCCAUCUCCUACCUCAUCUCCCAAACUGUAUCAAAAUGGCUACAGAAGAGUUAGUCAGGACUUUAUUAAGCCUAUUGUCUUACCUCCGAUUAGAUGUAACCAGUUUAAGGUGGCUAAGAAGCAAACUUCUGUUCCAAAGAAGUCACUCUCGGAACAACAAACUAAGUUUGUCAUCACCUCCUUCAACAAGGAUAAUGGCUUGGUACACGUUCCAACGGUUUAA